UGCUUGAAUGAUAAGAACAUAAGGGAUACAUGGAGUGAGUACGAGUCCAUGUUGGGAAAACCUCCAACACAGAUUUCUAAAGGAAUCUUAGCUCAACUUGAUAAGUACAGACCGUAUGAGCAGAAACUGUUGAAGACAACUCCUCCAAGUUCUGAAGACUACAGAGCCUACCUAGAUUACGAGAAGGCAUCUAAGGGUCACCCUGCCCGUGUACAAUGCUUGUAUGAGAGAGCCGUACUAGAUCACUGUCUGCAAGAACAACUUUGGCUAGACUACACUGACUAUGUUGAGACUAAGCUGAAGAUUAAGGACAUAGUGCUAUCAGUGUAUGACAGAUCAGUCAGGAACUGCCCUUGGUCUGGACGACUAUGGUGUAACUAUUUGAUUGCCAAGGAAAAGUUCAGAGAGUCACUCAAUGUCAUUAAAGGCAAGUAUGAGGAGAUACUAUCGUCUGGUGUCCUACCUACAGCUGCAGUUUAUCUUGCUAUAUGGCAGUCAUACAUUGAUUACAUGAGGAGACACAUACCAGAGCUUGAUCCUAGAACAUUGAUUUCAGUCAUCAGCAGAGAAGGCCUUAGAAAUGGACAAUUGUAAACUUAAAGGCAGACCAAUGUAUGUUGAUUGGUCGGAGGAUAGGACCAAAACUACUACCAUGACUACUAGCGCCAAUUCAAGUAUGAUACAAAGUUGGAGAAAAGUAAGCUAUUUGUGUCGGGGUUGCCACGAUCUGCUACCAAUGAGACGUUAUUAGAAAUCUUCAAAAAGUAUGGACAAGUGAAGGAAGUCAGGGUUGUAACCCAUCGAAGCAGCAUCUCUAAAGGUCUUGCAUUUGUGCAAUUUGAAAAAGAGAAUGAUGCAUCAUGAGCUGUCUUUGGUGAGGAUAACACCAUUCUAGAUGGGCAUACCAUCAAUGUUGCAAUCAGUAAUCCACCCAAGAGAAGCCCAAAGAAGGAAUUGCUAACCAAUCCAUCACAAAGCAAGACAGGUCAUACUGAGUCGAUGCAAGACAAUAAAAAGGCUGUCCAAGAUAAACUGCAAAAGGAGUCAUUGAAUCCUGAACUAACACAAAAUGAGACUUCUGACAAAAUGCAAGAUAAGACAUCCAUUCCUAAAGCAACGGAAGACAAAGCAUGCACAACCUGCUGGAUCAACUCAAGAUAUUGAUCCGAGUAGAACCCUGGAGACAAAGAAGAUUUAUCCCAAAUCCUGUAUGACACCUUUUUGGUUGUGGAGUUUACAAUCUUUUUCUGAAAUUUGUAAACAAAUAAGGGAAUCAAUGUGUGGUGAAAAGGUUUUCAACUAGUGGUUUAAUCCA